AUGUAAAAUUAAUAUGGAUGGAAUUUGCUAAAAAACUCUUUUUAUAUUAAUAUAAAAGCUGAUACAUCAAAAAUUUCCUUAAUUGAUUUACCUCCAUAAACCAGAAAAGUAAAGCUGCAUAUAUACCUAUAAUCUGGAACUUGCUAAACAGAUGGAAAAGUUACUUGGACUUUAUCUACAAAAGUUGAUAUUAUCAAAAUUAAAAUGCAGCCAUAUGGUCAAGAUGCUCUAUCUUUAUAUAGUGAAAAUUGUUCGAUUACGCUAGAUGAAACAAAGAUUAUUCAAAUAAGUAGAAGUGGCAAUUUUCCUUCUUCUUAAAAUUUUUCACUUGAAGCAGAAGUUUUAGCCUAUAAAUGAACAAAAGUAUUGAUUAAUUUUAUAUCGAA